AUGGUGAAAGGAAACUGCCAUGGGUCAAGUGGAGCAGCCUGGCGAGUUCUAACAUCACCAGAGUUCCUUGUGGCCAGAGUUCUCAAAGAGAAGUACUUCUCAUCGGGCCAGUUUCUUGAUGGGGUGGAUGCAAGGUGUCCCAGAUGUUCGGGUUGGGAAUCUAACGCUCAUAUUUUCUUUGAUCGCGCUUGGGUUAAGCAGUUGUGGAAAGUUUCAGGGGAUGAGUUUCCAAACUUUGCUUCUCUGUUAUGGAUUAUUUGGCACGAAAGGAACCGCCUUAAACACGGGCUACAAGGUAAAGCGGUGGAACAAUCUUGGACAUUAGGAUGGACGUGGCAAGAAGAGAUCUCAAAAUGGCGGUCGGGACAUCUCUUGUCUGACUGGGCUUUGGUUACACCAUCAAUAGAUAGGUGGGUUGGCACUGGGAGUUGUCAAAAUGGACUCACGUUAUUUUGUGAUGCCGCAGUUCGUGAUUCAGAGAUUGGGUUGGGAGGAUGGAUUGGCGACUCGGAAGGUAGUUGUUGGGCGGCUUUUGUAUCUCGCAUUCCAGGAUCCUUUUCAUCUUUCGCAGUAGAAGCUCUUGCCCUCAGGUUUGGACUUCACUUUGCUUUUGAUUUGGGGGUUUCAAUUCAGUUUGCCAAGACGGAUGCUUUAGUGGUUAUUUGUGGCCUAUCUGAAUAUUCGCCUAACGACCCAUUGCAUCAAGUUCUUCAGGAUUAUGCCGACGUGUGA